UGUCCGCCAUCUUGAAGUGUCGGUGAUGGUGGCGAGCGCUCGCUUUCCCGUCUGAGCCGAGGCAGACCGGGACCCGUGACGGGGAGACGCGCUCGCCGAGGAAGAAAUCUACUUCAUCUUAACCUAAUUCAGUCCUGCUAAUCUGCUAAUAUUGUAGAUUGAAAGAUUUUGCUGUUGCCAGGAUAUCCUGUAAUGGGCAAGGAGCCACAGAGAAUACAAAUCGUUUAGUUUUCUUAACCUUUUUAAAACUUUUGUUAACAGGGACCUGGGCUCCUGUUGGAAAGUGAUGGAAUAAUCUCUGCUCAGCACCUGCCAUGUUGAGGGAGCACCCCUAACACAGCUUGCCUGGGAGACAGUUUGUGAAAUAACGCAGUAACAUGUUUGCAGUAACCAGCAUGUUUUGGAAAUUUGAUCUCCAUUCGUCAUCCCACAUAGACACACUUCUAGAAAGAGAAGAUGUAACGCUGAAGGAAUUGAUGGACGAGGAGGAUGUUUUGCAGGAAUGCAAAGCUCAGAAUCGCAAACUUAUAGAGUUUCUGUUGAAAUCAGAAUGUCUGGAAGAUUUAGUUUCAUUUAUUAUAGAAGAACCACCUCAAGACAUGGAUGAAAAGAUCAGAUACAAGUAUCCGAAUAUAUCUUGUGAGCUGCUUACGUCAGAUGUCUCGCAGAUCAAUGAUAGACUGGGAGAAGAAGAGUCCUUACUUAUGAAACUGUACAGCUUCCUAUUAAAUGAAUCCCCCCUCAACCCUUUAUUGGCCAGUUUCUUCAGCAAGGUGCUAAGUAUUCUUAUCAGCAGAAAACCGGAACAGAUUGUGGAUUUCUUAAAGAAAAAACAUGAUUUUGUAGACCUCAUUAUAAAGCACAUAGGGACCUCUGCUAUUAUGGACUUGUUGCUCAGGCUGCUUACUUGUAUAGAACCUCCACAGCCCAGGCAAGAAGUAUUAAAUUGGUUAAAUGAGGAGAGAAUUAUCCAGCGGCUUGUAGAAAUUGUACAUCCGUCUCAAGAUGAAGAUAGGCAUUCAAAUGCAUCACAGUCGCUCUGUGAAAUUAUUCGCCUGAGCAGAGACCAGAUGUUGCAAAUACAGAACAGUUCAGAACCAGAUCCGCUGCUUGCAACUCUAGAAAAGCAAGAAAUUAUAGAACAGCUACUAUCAAAUAUUUUUCAUAAAGAGAAAAAUGAAUCUGCAAUAGUCAGUGCAAUCCAAAUAUUACUGACCUUACUUGAGACAAGACGACCAACAUUUGAAGGUCAUAUAGAGAUUUGUCCUCCAGGCAUGAGCCAUUCAACAUAUUCAGUCAACAAAAGUGUUUUAGAAGCCAUAAAAGCACGACUUGCAUCCUUCCAUGAGUUACUACUUGAGCCCCCGAAAAAAAGUGUUAUGAAGACAACAUGGGGCGUAUUGGAUCCACCUGUGGGAAACACGCGCUUAAAUGUGAUUAGGUUGAUAUCCAGCCUUCUACAGACUAACACAAACAAUGUGAACUUGGAACUUAUGGAGUUGAACAGCAUAGGAGUUAUAUUGGAUAUGUUCUUUAAAUACACAUGGAAUAACUUCUUGCAUACUCAAGUAGAAAUCUGUAUUGCAUUGAUUCUUGCAAGUCCCCUUGAGAGCACAGAAAAUGGCACAAUUACAGAUCAGGACUCCAUUGGGGACAGUCUCUUACUGAAACAUCUUUUUCUUAAGUGCCAAUUAGUGGAACGAGUACUUGAAGCAUGGGAAAUGAAUGAGAAGAAACAGGCUGAAGGAGGAAGGCGGCAUGGUUAUAUGGGUCAUUUAACAAGGAUAGCUAACUGUAUUGUGCACAGUACUGAUAAGGGGCCAAACAGCGCACUAGUACAACAGCUUAUUAAAGAGCUUCCAGAUGAUGUCAGGGAGCGAUGGGAGACCUUCUGUACAAACUCCUUAGGAGAAACUAACAAAAGGAACACAGUGGAUCUAGUUACUACCUGCCACAUUCAUUCAUCCAGCGAUGACGAAAUUGACUUUAAAGAAACUGGUUUUUCACAGGAUUCUUCUUUGCAGCAAGUGAGUUAA